AUGAAUUAUUCACCAAAUAAAAAUAGAAUUAAAAGAAAGCAAAAGCAAGAACUUACAGAAGAAUAAAGAUAAGAAAUUAAAGAAGCAUUUGAUUUAUUUGAUACUGAAAAAACUGGAACAGUUGAUUAUCAUGAACUUAAAGUUAUAAUGAGAGCUUUAGGUUUUGAUGUAAGAAAGCAAGAAGUUCUUUAAAUUAUAAAAGAAUAUGAUCGGGAUGAAACUGGCCAUAUUUAAUAUGCUGAUUUUGUUGAAAUAAUGACUUAAAGAUAUAAUGAUAGAGAUCCUACAGAGGAAAUACUAAAAGCAUUCAAAUUAUUUGAUGAAGACAAUAGUGGCAAAAUUAGCUUAAGAAACUUAAAAAGAGUUGCAAGAGAACUUGGAGAAACAUUAACAGAUGAUGAACUUUAAGCUAUGAUUGAUGAAUUUGAUAGGGAUUAAGAUGGAUAAAUAUCUUAAGAAGAAUUUUUGGCUAUAAUGAAAUAAACAAGUAUAUAUUGA